UAAUCGCACCUAAACCAUCUCAGAAGCAGCUUUACCAUCCGAUCGACACGUGUCUAAAAUUAAUCCCUUCAUCGGUCGUCCGAUCCAUCCACGACCUCAAUCCAACGGCCACAAACACCGCUCCCCUACCCACUUCUAAUGGGGAAGAGUGAGAUUCUCUCAACGAUCGCCCUAGCUCCCUCCUCCUCCUCCUCGUCCCCGUCUCCUUCCCAAACCCUAGCGAGCGAUCGAUCGAGCGCGGCAAUGGCGAGGACGAUCACCUUGAAGAGCUCGGACGCGGAGGUGUUCGAGGUGGAGGAGGCCGUGGCCAUGGAGUCGCAGACGAUCAAGCACAUGAUCGAGGACGAUUGCGCCGCGAGCGUUAUCCCCCUCCCCAACGUCACCUCCAAGAUCCUCUCCAAGGUCAUCGAGUACUCCAAGAGGCACGUUGACGCCGCCGCCGCCGCCUCCGCCGCGGCCGCCGCCGCCGCCGCCGUCAAGCAGUGGGACGCCGAGUUCGUCAAGGUCGACCAGGCCACCCUCUUCGAUCUCAUCCUGGCUGCGAAUUAUCUCAACAUCAAGGGUCUGCUGGAUCUGACCUGCCAAACCGUGGCGGACAUGAUUAAGGGGAAAACCCCGGAAGAGAUUCGCAAAACCUUCAACAUCAAGAACGAUUUCACCCCCGAGGAAGAAGAAGAGGUGCGGAGGGAGAACCAGUGGGCUUUUGAGUGAAUGCAUGAUUGGAGAUGAUCUCUCUCUCUCUCUCUCUCUCUCUCUCUCUCUCUCUCAUUAUCUAUGUGUUUGCUGUUUUUAGUCAUUGUGAACUGAAACAACUGUGGACCUUGUCAGUGUGGUGCCGUGCCAAUGUCGAAUUUGCUUUGAACUUGAAUAUGUAAAUAGAUAUGGUUGCAGGGGCUAGAUGUGUAGGCAACCUGCGAACCGCGUUCAGUGUCCGUCCUUGAGAUAUAAGCGGUAGAUCAUUGUGAGUGCGAUUUGAUUACAAGUCAAGUUUAGUAAGAGUAGAAAUAUUAGUUCGUCCGUCGACCACGAUAUGCUGAGGAGGUCUGUAGCCUAGCCGUAGGUUUAAUUUUAUAAAAAUAACUUUUCCUUGAGAAAAUCCAAAGUCAUAUUUCGUGAAAAGAUUCAAAAUAUAAUCUACAGCGAGGUGAAGAGUCUCCUCCGCAUGUUGUGAUGUUGAGAGAAAUAUUAUUCUUACUCCUAUUCUUGGCUAAAUUUGAUUACCAGCGGAACUGUAAUUACACCAAUCCAUGGAUAAUGUUUUGGUAGUU